AUGUUAGUAACAAAUUAUUUUGUAGCCCAACAAGACACAUGCUGUUUGCCACCACCUCCUCCCCCUCCUCCUCAAGCUCAAAUGGCACCAAUUAAAACAACUUGCAUAUGUACUCCUAUUCAGCAAGAUCUUUGUUGUUUACCAAUGCAACAACAGGCACCGCCACUUCCUCCACCCCCUCCUCUACCACCAAUAUGUAUUUGUUCUCCAAUCCAACAAGAUCCUUGCUGUUUACCACCACCACCUCCUCCUCCUCCUCCUCCACAAAUGGCACCAGUCCCGCCACCAAUGGCAAUACAGAGUGUGACAAUUCAAUGUGCUCCAAUUUGUGUUCCUCCCCCUUUACCUCCUCCACCACCGCCAAUGAGACAACCUCCAAUAGUAAUGCAGUGUCAGCCUAUGUUGUGCCAACAGCUACAAUGUCAGCCGAUCUGCCAAUGCCAACCUGGAUAUGUUCAGUGCGCCCAAAGAUGUUGUUUACGAUACAGAAAAGUGAAUAAUAACAACAAUCAUUUUUCACCACUUAGAAAUGAUAAUAGUAACAAAAUUUUAAAAUUUGGAACAUCUGGAAACAAUCCGACUGAGAAUGGCAAUAGUAAUGCAGGGCAAUUAUUGCCGAUUAAUCAAGCAGCAGCGACAAAUCAACAUUUGGUACCACAGGCAUUUUCCACUCAAGAAAAAAGGGUGGUACCAUCAGUGCCUUCCUCAUUAUUCCCAGCGCCUAUAUCAAAAAGAACAGUGGCAGAUAAAAAAUUAACCGAAAAGCAUCGAAAAUAA